CGAGCGCCGUUCCCGAGUCUGCGGACAUCUGUUUUCACUUUCGCCUUCGCCGCCCCCUAGCUCGGGCUGUGUCCCCUCCCCGCCCCGCAGCCUUCCCCCACAGCCCCCGGCGCUCCCUCCGCGGCCAUGGAGGCGCUCAGAGCCCGGGUGGUGAGCACGCUGGACCGCCUGAGCCCACCCGAGCUGCAAGAGUUCAAGUUUUACCUGAGGAGCUCCGGGAAGAAGCCUAGGAUCCCGAUGGAGGACCUGGACACGGCCCCCACGACCUCGGCUCUGGCCGAUCUGCUCAAGCGCUACGUCGUGUCCGGGACCCCCAGGGUCUUGGUCCGGGUGUUCCAGCGGAUGCGCCGGAACGACCUGGUAGCCGAGUGGGUAUUACAAAACAUCAUGUUGGACAUACUACGUUGGUGUGGAUGGAUUCUUCGCAAUUCCCAGGAUCAGAUAUUGCAGAGAGAUAAAAAAGGUGGUCCAUUUUCCCCGAAAAUACUGAGCGUUUUGACAAUGACUUUGAAGAGACAGUAUGAAAAUGAUGGCCCUAAAAUGGAACGCUAUAACAUGGAAAAACCUCGUAAGGCUUUUGUGAUGUGUGUGAAGACAGGCAGACCAGGGGAACAGGAUAUGAAGAGAAUGAGAAACUGGCUUAAAGCGUGCAAGUUUGAAUGUACAUCUUGCAUCAAUCCUGAUGAAAAGGGGUUAAUGGAGAAAUUACGAGAGUUUCGAGAUGACAUAAAUAAAAGAAAAGAUGAUGUGAGCUGCUGCCUUGUUACUCUCAUGGCCCAUGGAGGAAAAGGUGUUAUAAAAACAGUACUGGAUGAAAGAAUCAACUUAUCAGACAUCUUUGAAAUGUUCAACAAUAAAAACUGUCCAGCACUUCAAAAGAAACCAAAAAUCUUUAUAAUCCAGGCUUGUAGAGGAGUUCGAAGAGAUGGUGGUGUUGUUCAAGCCGAUGGUGAACCAAUGGAAGUAAAUGAUUCAGAGAAAAAGCGACUUCCCACAUUCAGUGAUUACUUUAUCAUCUAUCCCACCCAUGAAGGUCACAUUGCUUUACGCCACCCAGAAGAUGGUUCUGUGAUGAUUCAAGCAAUGGAUGAAGUCUUUCAGAAACAUGGCAAGAAGUUGCAUAUUGUGGAUUUUUUUACUCAAGUGAACAACAGAGUGGUGCACACAGACUUUUACAUGGACGAGGAUCCUGUCAAAGUGGUGUUGGUCAUGGAGUCCACUCUCACCAAAGCUGUGUACUUUUGACACUUGGUGGAGGCAGAGGUGGAGGAGGUGGAAGAUUUUCAGUACAGAAUAAUUUGUUUAUGCAUUAGCACUGUGCUUUACAUUGUAUCAAAUACUGGCUCUUAUGUAUGUUGGAUGUAAUGUGUUGUGAAGGUUUCAUCAGAAACUGCAGCACAAAGCAGUCAGUCUUAUAUCCUGACACUCUGGACAAUUCCUGCAGUUGUCAUUGCUAAGUGAACUGAACCAGGUGCUGCACUCCUGUUCCCACCACACUGACUCUGGUUCUGUACCCUGCUAAAUGCUCACAAGCCUCAAAGACCCUGCAAAGUUAGAGACUGUUACCAAAGGACCCAAGAACUCCUCUGUUGUGCUGAAGAUACCUGCACAUGUGACCCUGCUGUGGGAACUGUUUACUCAAGACCCCAAGAAUGAUUGUGUUGGGUCCUGCCUUUUUGUGGGUUUCAUGCUUAAUAACCCUCACCCUGCCACAAAUCACAAGCUCUCUUCAGUAGGACAUUAAUUUGCAAACCUGUUUUCCUCACUCUGAAAAUAAACUUUUGUUUGAUUCCUGA